AUUCUAAUCGGCUGCUCUAUGACUCAGUGCCUCUGCAGCGCCGCGCUUAUGUGCCGCAGUGCGCAGCUUUCGAACCCCAUACAAAAGCCACGUAGCAGAACUUAUCAAUGAUCAUCGAUCCUCAGUCAAACAUGGUGAUCAAGCAUAGCAAUGCAGAUGACCCACCUUCCUACGACUGCGUCGCAGGUCAGGCUAGCUCAAAUGAACAGCAACAGCCACCUUUGAUCACUGACAAGACUGUGAGCCAGCAAGUGCAGCUGCCUUUAAUACCUCCCAACACCGUGAUGGCUGUUCACGCUCGUACUACGCCCCUGAUGCAACAACCCACAGUCUACCAUUAUCAGAAUCCCUUGACUGGCGAGCGCAUCGUCUCGCUACUUCCCCCAGACCACCCAGAAAUGAUAUGUUUGCAGGAAGGGCAACAUGUUAAUGAAACCAAGUUCGGCAUUCUAGGCAUUUUGGCUGCAAUAGUUUGGUUCCCAUUGGGCAUUGGCCUUUGCCUUCUUGACCGGAGGGUCAAGUGCAAGCGCUGCGGGAUGAUCAUAGACAACGGUAUUUGUGGUUAAUUAGUAUUGUAUGCCUUCAGCCUUUCUAUCCCUUGGACUUCAGCGCAUGUAUUGUCUUUGUUAUUUGACAUUUUCAUCUCUAUAUCCCGAUUUCCGCAUUGCUCCUAACUUGAUGUACUAUUUUAAUAUAUACUAGAAGUCGUGUAUUCCGCGUCACCAUUC